AUAUCGUGCUUUACAACUCAUAUCACCUCUGGUCAGACAGACGGUGCUCACAAGCACCUUGGAACUCUGUCAGUAACAGGUGAGACAGACAGCAUCUAUUGACCUGUUGCCUUAUAGGAUAGACCUACACAGAUUAAGGAUUUACUAUACAGAAUAAGAAUUGAUACCGAAUGGAAUUUGAAAAACAAAAUGAAGUUUGGAUUGAUUCAGAUUAUGAGGAAGAGGAAACAGGUGAUUCCUCUGAUCGGCUGCAUGGUAUUGUCUACUGCUGGAGCCAUCUUUGCCUCCCUCUACUUCCUAUUUACAAAGAAUGAUGUCAUUUUAAAUAAAAGUAGAAACCCUGAACCCUGGGAGGGAGUGGACUCAUCUAAACCACAGAAGCUGGUCACUAUCAACCAGAAGCGGAGGCCGAUUGAAGAACUGGAACAGGUGAAGAGCAUGACCAAGUGAUCUCGCAAGUGCGGGCUCUCUUUCUCUCUCUCUCGCUCUCUCUCUCCACCCUCUCCCUUUCCCCUCCCCCUCCAUCCUGAUUGGGAGCCCACCAAGUUGCCUGCGUCCCCUUCCAUCAGUCGAGCGGAAUCAUUUCUACACAGACUAGAUUCUCUGAUCCUGCAGUACAUUUGUACUGCACUAUAGCUGACUAUAAGUGUGACCAAAGCUAUUUGUUUGUGAAACAUAAUGUAUGUGUGAGGGUGAAAUAAGUUAUUGCAAUUGAAAAUGGGCAUGGCUCGUGUUAUUAAUGAUUAAUGAGGAGUGUGUGCCUGUGUGAUCCAAUCUAAAGCAAUGGCUGUAGGAUGACAAUGCCACCAUCAGAAAAAUUGCUUUAAUAAAACAAAGGUGGUCCUUCCAGCUAAAUAUAUUGUACUAUAAUAAUGCACUGAUAGUUCCUUCAGAAAGUAUUCAUACCCCUUGACUUAAGCAACAUUUUGUUGUGUUACAGCCUGAAUUAAAAUGUAAA